CUCAAAGUGAAGAGCAUGGCAAAUGAAGAAACGUUUUAAGCAAUUCGCUAUUAGCGUACAAAAUAAAUAUCUUAGCCUUCCAUCUGGAUAUGGAAUUUUGUAGCUCAGGAGUCCCAAGGAGGCUGGAACAAAGCUGGAGAAAAAAAUAAAGAAAACCAGAAAGCUUUAACUGGGAAGUUUGAAUUAUUACAGGAAACUCCAAGCUUACUAGAUUAGAACAGGUGAUGCUGACAUGCAAUCAAAAUUUCCGUCUUAUGCUCUGCCUCCACUCAUUGACGCUUUUUAUUCAACUGCAAAAUCAUAUCAUGAAAAGGGUUUCUCAAUCUAAUCUGUUCCUUCAAAUUUUCAAUAUCUCUAUCAUUAAAAUUUCCCAUAAAAAAUACCGUUGAGACCCUUUUCAUCUUGCUAACUUUGUUAUAAAAUUUUUCGGCUCCCAAGUUUUAUCUCGGGCUGUUUGAGUUUUUCUUAGGUCUUCCUUGAAUGUGUGGCAGAGCCUGAAGAUCAAAUUUUCAUGGAAAAACGAUAUCCCAUGUUGGUUCCUGUGGUUCUUUUUAAACGGUGAUGGUGCAAGCCAAUUUGAGGCUUUGGAAUUUGGUAGAAGAAUUAGAUUAUCUGGAUAUUUGGCUUGAAAAUGGCAAUGGCAUCUCUAGUUAAGGUGAUUCUGGGCUCAUUCGCCAUGACAAUCUUUUGGGUGUUGGCAGUUUUCCCAGCAGUCCCUUUUCUGCCAAUAGGGAGGACUGCAGGAUCCCUUUUAGGUGCCAUGCUUAUGGUCAUAUUCCGAGUUAUAACACCUGAUCAAGCCUAUGCUGCAAUUGAUCUUCCCAUACUUGGUCUUCUCUUUGGGACAAUGGUUGUGAGUGUGUAUCUGGAAAGAGCAGAUAUGUUCAAAUAUCUGGGUAAAUUGCUCUCUUGGAAGAGUAAAGGAGCCAAGGACUUGAUUUGUAGAAUCUGCUUGAUUUCAGCCAUUUCUAGUGCUGUUUUCACCAAUGAUACCUCUUGUGUUGUCUUGACGGAAUUUGUAUUGAAAAUUGCUCGACAGCAUAAUCUCCCUCCGCGUCCGUUCCUCAUUGCCCUUGCAACAAGUGCUAACAUUGGAUCUGCAGCAACUCCUAUUGGCAACCCUCAAAACCUGGUUAUAGCUGUUCAGAGUAAGAUAAGUUUUGGAAAUUUUCUUAUUGGAAUCCUCCCUGCAAUGCUUGUUGGAGUUCUUGUGAAUGCUGUGAUUAUUCUUCUCAUGUACUGGAGGUUGUUAUGUUCUCAAAAGGAUGAAGAAGAUGCAACUGCUGAUGUUGUUGCAGAAGAGGAUGUGACAUCUCAUCGCUUUUCACCAGCCACUAUGUCACAUCAGACAUCCUUAAACUCGCAGGAAUGGAACUCUGCAGUGGAAUCUAUUAAUCUGCAAAGCUCUCCCAAUGUGAACGGCAAUGUAGUCUAUGUUGAUACUCUUAGAAAUCGAGCAAGUUCCGUUGAGAAUGAAAUCCACAGGGUCUAUAGCAGUGAACUUGAAGCACCAGGAAAUUCGAAUGAAUCAAAAGAGGCGUCGAUAAAUGGAUCUUCUCAGAGACCAGAGGAAACUUUCUCUCCAAAGAGAGUUGCACCAAUAGUUAGAUUGAGCAAUGCUCAUUCACCUCGGCUCUCAGAUGGAGAGGAGAAUUUGGCCAAAAGGUGGAAAAAGCCUUUGUGGAAAUCAUGUGUUUACCUUGUUACUAUAGGAAUGCUAAUUUCUCUGCUUAUGGGUCUCGACAUGUCAUGGACUGCAAUUACUGCUGCACUUGCUCUUGUUGCUCUCGAUUUCAAAGAUGCUCGGCCAAGCCUCGAUAAGGUGUCUUAUUCGCUUUUAAUUUUCUUUUGUGGAAUGUUUGUCACGGUUGAUGGCUUUAACAAAACUGGAAUUCCAAGCACUCUAUGGGAUUUCAUGGAGCCCUAUGCGCAGGUUGAUCGUGCUAGUGGGAUAGCAGUUCUCAGCAUUGUCAUUCUUGUCCUGUCAAAUGUGGCUUCCAAUGUACCAACUGUUCUUCUGCUUGGAAGCCAAGUAGCAGCAUCUGCAGCUGCAAUUUCUGCAGCUGAUGAGAGGAAGUCAUGGCUAAUUUUAGCUUGGGUCAGCACAGUAGCUGGGAACCUCUCUUUACUUGGAUCAGCAGCCAACAUGAUAGUAUGCGAGCAAGCUCGCCGUGCUCCACGCCUUGCAUAUACCUUAUCCUUCUGGAAUCACCUCAAAUUCGGAGUCCCCUCAACCCUGAUAGUUACAGCCAUUGGUUUGCUGCUGAUAAGAUGAUAAUGGUUUUUUGCUGUGAUAUUCUAUAGUCAAGAACAAAGUUAAUUAGUUUUCUUCUACAAAGUUGCUUUAAUAUACAGCUUUUAAAUUAUAAGCACCAGGUGUCAAAGUGGUUCACCAUUUUCCAGUUCAAUUAUUUCUGAUGAACUGUAACAUCUCCGGUUCCAAGGAUCUCAUGGAAUCUCUCAUAUUUGAUUGAUAUUCUCCUUGCUUUUAGCUUUAUUAGAUUGUAAAGAAUCUUAUGGAAUUUUUGUUUUCUGGAUUGUUUGGACUAUGCUAAAAUGGUUAUGGAGCAAGUAGCAUUAUUAAAGGCUAA